AUGCGCUAUAGGUGCCAGACGCACCCUCUGGACAUCUCGGACGGCCUCGAGCAAGCGGCGAAGGCAAAUUUGAUCGGACACUUAGCGGUGUGCGGCGAGCUCGCCGGAAACCAUGGAAGCCCAUCAGCUCAACGUCGAACCCUUUGUCGACGACCCCAGCUGCUUCUGAACUGCUCCAUGUCGUGGCCUGGUUCCGCUAUGAAAGUUGAAGGCAUAAUUUUAGAUUUGUCAAAGUUAAAAGAGGUAUACAUAAAUGAUGAAGUUUUUGUUAGCAUGAGGAGACUACGGCUACUCCAGCUUUCUGAAUAUUAUUAUUAUCAAGAUGGAUAUGUUUAUGGAAAUGAAAGGAUGCAAAAGGCGGAUUUUGAACCUUGUGUACAAUACUUGAGCGAGAACUUAAAGUUCCUUUCAAAUGAGUUGAGAAUUCUUGUGUGGCAUGGAUGCCCACUGAAGUCUAUGCCAAUUAAUUUUCUACCGAAGAAUCUUAUUUACGUUGACAUGUGCUAUAGUCAUAUUGAACAACUUUGGGAAGGAACCAAGCCUUUACAAAACUUGGUAUACAUAGAUUUAAGUUGCUCAAAGUAUCUAAUCAAAACCCCCGACUUCACUGAGGCAACAAGUCUUGAGAAACUGAAGCUUAAAGGAUGUACAAGUUUACUGGAGGUUCACCCAUCCAUUUCAGCUCUUCAAAGCCUCGUUGAGUUGGACCUACGAGGCUGCACAAAACUCUGGAGCCUUCGGAAAAGAUUUCACAUGAAAUCUCUGGAAUCUCUUGAUCUAUCUGGCUGUUGGAAACUUACGAAGUUUCCAGAGAUUUCAGAAGUAAUAGAGGAGCUAUGGGUGCUUCAAUUAGACGGGACAACAAUUAAAGAACUAGCCUCAUCUAUUAGUAAUCUUACGGGUCUUCGGGAGUUGAGUUUGACAGACUGCACAAGCCUUGUCUGUCUUCCGGACAAUAUCUGCAAUUUGGCAUGCCUUCAUGAACUCUGUCUGACUGGGUGCUCUAACCUUUCAAAGUUGCCUAAGAACUUUGGGAAUUUGAAAUCCUCAGGUUGCGAGAGUCUGAAAUCAAUACCAGAGCUUUCAUCGAGUAUACGAGAUAUCAUUGCCCGGGAUUGCACAUCUUUGGAGACAAUUUCAACACCACAACCCCCGACAGUUUCAACACCAUAUCCUCCGGACGCUGAGAACAUUUGCUUCCAAUUUUUUAAUUGCUUCAAGUUGGUGAACAAUACCGAUAUAUUUAUAGAUAUUGUGGAAAGUGCUACUCAUAAUCAGGAUCAUGACUUCCGUAUGUUUCUUCCUGGAAGUUAUAUUCCAAAUUGGUUCAACCAUCAGAGUACAGGGUCUUCCAUAACUGUGCAGUUACCACCCAAUUGGCUCGCAAACAAAUUUCUGGGGUUCGCUAUAUGCGCCAUUGGUAACUUGCGGGGUGCUGAAAAUAGAAAAACUCUUGAAUCUGCUUCCUGUUGUUGUACCUUAAAAGCAAAUGAUGGCAAGGAAAAUUUGUAUUUUCCUUUGCUCCCCCCUUUUCUAGGUGGACCUGACGUGCCCCUUGAGUUGGAUCAUAUGUUGCUGGGAUAUACAAAUUUUCGAAGUUUAGGAGAGUGGCAUAAUGAACGCAAAUACACCGAGGACACAUUUAGGAUUGUGACUAGGAUGAAUCCCAAAUCAAUGACAGAGAACGACGAAGUGGCAGAGGAUGAUGAAUCAUAUGAUUGGGAAGAUUCCACCCGGAUCACAAGUUGCAGGGUUCGGUUAUUCGACAUGAAUCCACGCAAUCUCGGAGGCCAACGAGCAGAGCCCCUUCGGCGCGUUAACCGCCGAAGAGUUCUACUCCCGUCACUCCGUCACUCCGUCACUCACGGCUCCGACUAUGUCGCCAACCCCACAGGCCUCAAGCCCUUCACUCAGUGGUGGACCCCACUCCCUCCAACCGAGGUAGGGCAGAGACAUUUUCACUUACCUUUACCACUUCCUUCUCACGGUCGAUCCUCCUUGUAG